AUGGAGAAACCAACAUUUCCGUUUCUGAAACAUCCGGUACUGUUCCUCAUCGUCAGUCUUCUUUUGCUUGCAGCUCACGAAAUAUUCGCCGAGGGAGUUUUUCCGGUAUCCGACGACUCCGAUGGUAACGGCAUGACGGUGCUGCAGCAUAACCAGAAUGUUUUUAACGUAGGCGUUGUUAUUGACAUGGGAUCUUGGAUUGGUGAAAGUGUCCAUAGCUGUGUUGAAAUGGCCAUUUCUGAUUUUUACGCUUCAAAACAAAAUCGGCUAAAAAUCCGAUUAGUUCUUCACGCCAGGGACUCCAGGGGAGAUCCCCUGCAUGCUAUUUCUUCAGCUCGAGAUCUUCUGGAAAAUGCCAAGGUGCAAUCAUUGAUAAUAGGGCCAGAAACAAUUCCGGAGACCAUAUACCUCGGCGGACUAGGAAGCAAAGCCAAAGUUCCAGUGUUUACAUUUUCGCCAAUUCUCUCAUCCCCUGGUGAUAAAUUCCCUUUUCUUGUCCAAAUAAAUCAAGAUGAAACCUUACAAUUUAAGGCCAUUGCAAACAUCCUAAGCUGGCAUCAGUGGAAAUCUGUCUCAUUGAUUUUUGAAGAUACCGAUAAUGGAAGAAAUUCUAUACCUUAUCUGGUUGGAUCCCUCCAAGAAAGAAGCAUUCGGGUCAGCCACAGGACAUUCAUUUCUCCUUUCUCAACUUAUGAUCAAAUCCUUGAUGAGCUUCAUAAGCUCGCAUUUCAGAAACAAACGAAUUUCAUCGUGCACCUUUCACCAUCCAUUACAUAUCGUCUGUUUUCGAUGGCGAAAAGACUUGGCAUGAUGAGAGAAGGUUAUGCCUGGAUUGUAACAGACAAAGCUAUGAAUCACAUUCGAUCCGCAAAUCAGGAAGACCUGGAGACAAUGCAGGGUGUGGUGGGAUUGAGGGCCUAUAUUCCAUCAUCAAGUAAGCUUCAAGACUUCAACUUUAGAUGGAAAAAGGAAUUCUACAGAAAGAAUUCUAACCCUUUUGUUGAAUCUGGAGAAAUUGAUGUCCUAGGCAUAUGGGCAUAUGACACAAUUUGGGCACUGGCUGAGAGUAUUCAAACUUUGAGACAUGGUGAACAACUUCUAGACGGUAUUUCAGGAAAAAGAAUUUCCGGGUUGAGUGGCGAAUUCCAAAUCCUUGAUGGGAGACUACACUCUGAAGCUUUUGAAAUCGUGAAUGUAAUUGGGAAAGGAGAAAGAAGAGUUGGGAUGUGGACAUUAAAGCAUGACAAAGUAGUUAAAGGAAGGAGUCCAUCUAGUACUAGUAGUUCAGAAAUAGUUGGUCUUGAUGAAGCCAUUAUGUGGCCAGGGUUUACAAAAGCUUCUCCAAGAGGCCUUCUAAUGGCAAAUGGGCAGAAUCUAAGAAUUGCGGUUUUGAACAAUGCUGGAUUCCCACAAUUUGUUAGUGUGAAUCGCGACAAUCUUACCAACACAACUCGCAUCACAGGCUUCUGUGUGGAUGUCUUUUACGCCGUAAUAAACUCAUUAUCAUAUCAGGUUGGUUUUGAUCUCAUUCCAUGGGUUUACCGAAAUGGCAGUAAUCUUGGCAGCUAUACUGAUCUCAUCAACAAAUUGUAUGAUGAGAACUUUGAUGGCAUCAUUGGAGACGUCACUAUUACGUAUAACAGAAGUUUGAACGUAGAUUUCACGGUAACUUAUACAGAUAUAGGCCUUGGAAUGAUAACAAAACGAGAAAACGGUGAUGAUAUUUGGCUUUUCUGGAAGCCCCUUCAACUUGAUUUAUGGGUAGCCACGAUUGUCGCUUUCAUCGUAGUUGGAUUUUCUGUUGGAUAUUUCGAACGUCCUACUAAUCCAGAGUUCAAGGAAGGUUCAGUCGCUAAUCAAGCUGGGAAGAUGUUGUAUUUUGGCUUUUCAACGCUUUUCUAUGCUCAGAGAGAAAAGUUGACAAGUAACUUGUCAAGAUUGGUUGUGAUUGUUUGGCUUUUUACGGUGCUUAUACUAGUUGCUACUUACACUGCUACGUUGACCUCUAUGGUGACAUUGCAAAAGAUUCAACAAGGUCCUGCUGGGGAAUAUUACGUAGGAACACAUUUGAAUUCAUUUCUAGGAAGUGAUCGUGUUGUCAACAACACUAAUUUCGUAGAUGAUCGACUUCAAUAUUACUCUUCACCUGAUGAAUAUGUUGAUGCUUUAUCAAAAGGAUUUAAGAAAGGUGGUGUCGUAGCCAUCAUUGACGAAAUCCCUUACCUCAAAGUCUUUUUGGCUAAGUAUGGGGAUGAGUACGCCAUGGUUUCAACCCGAUCUACCACUAACGGAUUUGGCUUUGCAUUUGGGAAGACUCAUGGACAACUGGUUUCUGAUAUGUCACAAGCAAUUAUGAAGCUAAGGGAGGAAGGAAGACUAGCAAUGAUGGAGAAUACAUGGUUUAACAGCGGAUCACCAUCAUCAUCAUUCAUGGAUGAGGCCGGAAAACAUGCAGCUUCAAAACCUAACAUUUUAAGCCUACGUAGCUUUGGUGGAUUGUUCUUCAUGAGUUUUUCAUCAAUUGUUAUAGGUAUCCUCAUACGCCUCGGUUCAUAUGUCUUAAAAAACUUGCCCAAGUUUUUCUCCGUCUUGAAAAAGAUCAUUAAGGCUGUUCAACAUAGAGUAUUAUUAGCAAUGGAGCACAUGCGCAACAGAAUUGCCACUACAGCCGCCAUACUGUCACAGUCACCGGUGUCACCGGCAAACGAAUAACCCCUCUGCCGGUAGAGUUUGGUGUUUGCAUUUUCAAUUGUGUACAGGAGUAUAUGUGUAUAUAUAUAUAUAUAUAUAGAUAGAUAGAUAGAUAGAAAUGUAGAUUAACUAGAAGAGGGUUUCUUUUUUGCAUUAUGGAAUGGAAUUAAAAAGCACAUCGUAUGAAAAGCCUUGCUCAUAGCACGAAG